AUGGACGUGGACGUGGACGUGGACGUGGACGUGGACAUGGACGUGGACGUGGACGUGGAUGUGGACGUGGACGUGGACGUAGUUAUGGACGUGGACGUGGACGUGGACAUGGACGUGGACAUGGACGUGGACAUGGACAUGGACAUGGACGUGGACAUGGACAUGGACAUGGACAUGGACGUGGACGUGGACAUGAACGUGGACGUGGACGUGGACGUAGAAAUGGACGUGGACGUGGACGUAGAAAUGGACGUGGACGUGGACGUGGAAGUGGAUAUGGACGUGGACGUGGACAUAGACGUGGACGUGGACGAGGACAUGGACGUGGACGUGGACGUAGACGUGGACGUGGACGUGGACGUGGACAUGGACGUGGACGUGGACGUGGACGUGGACGUGGACAUGGACGUGGACGUGGACGUGGAUGUGGACGUGGACGUGGACGUAGUUAUGGACGUGGACGUGGACGUGGACGUGGACAUGGACGUGGACAUGGACGUGGACAUGGACAUGGACAUGGACGUGGACAUGGACAUGGACAUGGACAUGGACGUGGACGUGGACAUGAACGUGGACGUGGACGUGGACGUAGAAAUGGACGUGGACGUGGACGUAGAAAUGGACGUGGACGUGGACGUGGAAGUGGAUAUGGACGUGGACGUGGACAUAGACGUGGACGUGGACGAGGACAUGGACGUGGACGUGGACGUAGAAAUGGACGUGGACGUGGACGUGGACAUGGACGUGGACGUGGACGUAGAAAUGGACGUGGACGUUGACGUGGACAUGGACGUGGACGUGGACGUGGACGUGGACAUGGACGUGGACAUGGACGUGGACAUGGACGUGGACGUGGACGUGGACGUGGACGUGGACAUAGACAUGGACGUGGACGUGGACGUGGAGGUGGACGUGGACGUGGACGUGGACGUGGACGUGGACGUAGACGUGGACGUGGACGUGGACGUGGACGUGGACGUGGACGUGGAAGUGGACAUGGACGUGGACAUGGUCAUGGACGUGGACAUGGACGUGGACGUGGACAUGGACGUGGACGUGGACAUGGAUGUGGACGUGGUUGUAGAAAUGGACGUGGACGUGGACGUGGACAUGGACGUGGACAUGGACGUGGACGUGGACGUGGACAUGGACGUGGACAUGGACGUGGACGUGGACGUGGACGUGGACAUGGACGUGGACAUGGUCAUGGACGUGGACAUGGACGUGGACGUGGACAUGGACAUGGACGUGGACGUGGACGUGGACGUGGACGUGGACGUGGACGUGGACAUGGACGUGGACGUGGACGUGGACGUGGACGUGGACAUGGACGGGGACGUGGACGUGGACAUGGACGUGGACAUGGACGUGGACAUGGACGUGGACGUGGACGUGGACGUGGACGUGGACGUGGACGUGGACGUGGACAUGGACGUAGACGUGGACGUGGACGUGGACGUGGACGUAGACGUGGACAUGGACGUGGACGUGGACGUGGACAUGGACGUGGACGUGGACAUGGACGUGGACGUAGAAAUGGAGGUGGACGUGGACAUGGACGUGGACGUGGACGUAGACGUGAACGUGGACGUGGACGUGGACGUGGACGUAGAAAUGGACGUGGACGUGGACGUGGACAUGGACGUGGACGUAGAAAUGGACGUGGACGUGGACGUGGACAUGGACGUGGACGUGGACAUGGACGUGGACGUGGACGUGGACAUGGACGUGGACAUGGACGUGGACAUGGACGUGGACGUGGACAUGGACGUGGACGUGGACAUGGACGUGGACGUGGACGUGGACGUGGACGUGGAAAUGGACGUGGACGUGGACGUAGAAAUGGACGUGGACGUGGACGUGGACGUGGACAUGGACGUGGACGUGGACGUGGACGUAGAAAUGGACGUGGACGUGGACAUGGACGUGGACGUGGACGUGGACGUGGACGUGGACGUGGGCGUGGACGUGGACGUGGACGUGGACGUGGACGUGGACGUGGACGUGGAAAUGGACGUGGACGUGGACGUGGACAUGGACGUGGACGUGGACGUGGACGUGGACGUGGACGUGGACAUGGACGUGGACGUGGACGUGGACAUGGACGUGGACAUGGACGUGGACGUGGACGUGGACGUGGACAUGGACGUGGACGUCGACAUGGACGUGGACGUGGACGUGGACAUGGACGUGGACGUCGACGUGGACAUGGACGUGGACAUGGACAUGGACGUGGACGUGGACGUGGACGUGGACGUGGACAUGGAGGUGGACGUGGACGUGGACGUGGACGUAGACGUGGACGUAGACGUGGACGUAGACGUGGACGUGGACGUGGACAUGGACGUGGACAAGGACGUGGACAUGGACGUGGACGUGGACGUGGACGUAGACGUAGACAUGGACGUAGACGUGGACGUGGACGUGGACAUGGACGUGGACAUAGACGUGGACGUGGACGUGGACGUGGACGUAGACGUGGACGUGGACGUGGGCGUGGACGUGGACGUGGAGAUGGACGUGGGCGUGGACGUGGACGUGGACGUGGACGUGGACGUAGAAAUGGACGUGGACGUAGAAAUGGACGUGGACGUGGACGUGGACAUGGACGUGGACGUAGAAAUGGACGUGGACGUGGAUGUGGACGUGGAGGACAUGGACGUGGACGUGGAUGUGGACGUAGACGUGGACGUAGAAAUGGAAGUGGACGUGGACGUGGACGUUGACGCGGACAUAGACGUGGACGUGGACGUCGACGUGGACGUGGACCUGGACGUUGACGUGGAUCUGGACGAGGACGUGGACGUGGACGUGGAGGAUAUGGACGUGGACGUGGACGUGGACGUGGACGUGGACGUAGAAAUGGACGUGGACGUGGACGUGGACAUGGACGUGGACGUGGACCUGGACCUGGACGUUGACGUGCACGUGGACGUGGACAUGGACGUGGACGUGGACGUCAUGGAUGUGGACGUGGACGUGGACGUUGACGUGGACGUGGACGUGGACAUGGACGUGGACGUGGACGUGGACGUGGACGUGGACGUGGACAUGGACGUGGACAUGGACGUGGUCGUGGACGUGGACGUGGACGUGGACAUGGACGUGGACGUGGACGUGGACCUGGACGUGGACGUGCACGUGGAGGUGGACGUGGACGUGCACGUGGACGUGGACCUGGACGUUGACGUGCACGUGGACGUGGACCUGCACGUGGACGUGGACGUGGAGGACAUGGACGUGGACGUGGACGUGGACGUGGACGAGGACGAGGACGUGGACGUGGACGUGGACGUAGACGUGGACGUGGACGAGGACGUGGACGAGGACGUGGACGUGGACGUGGACGUGGACGUGGACGUGGACCUGGACCUGGACGUUGACGUGCACGUGGACGUGGACGUGGACGUGGACGUGGAGGACGUGGACGUGGACGUGGACGUGGACGUGGACAUGGACGUGGACGUGGACGUGGACGUGGACGUGGACAUGGACGUGGACCUGGACGUGGACGUGGACGUGGACGUGGACGUGGACCUGGACCUGGACCUGGACGUUGACGUGCACGUGGACGUGGACGUGGACGUAGACGUGGAGGACAUGGACGUGGACGUGGACGUGGACGUUGACGAGGAGGAGGACAAGGACGUGGACGUGGACAUGGACGUGGACGUGGACGUGGACGAGGAGGAGGACAAGGACGUGGACGUGGACGUGGAUGUGGACGUGGACGUGGACGUAGACGUGGACAUGGACGUACACGUGGACGUGGACGUGGACAUGGACGUGGACAUGGAGGUAGACGUGGACGUGGACGUGGACGUGGACAUAGUCGUGGACGUGGACGUGGACGUGGACGUGGACGUGGACAUGGACGUGGACGUGGACGUGGAGGUGGACGUGGACGUGGUCAUGGACGUGGACGUGGACGUGGACGUGGACGUGGACGUGGACGUGGACGUGGACAUGGACGUGGACGUGGACGUGGACGUGGACGUGGACAUGGACGUGGACGUGGACGUGGACGUGGACGUGGACGUGGACGUGGACAUGGAGGUAGACGUGGACGUGGACGUGGACGUGGACAUGGAGGUAGACGUGGACGUGGACGUGGACGUGGACAUAGUCGUGGACGUGGACGUGGACGUGGACGUGGACGUGGACAUGGACGUGGACGUGGACGUGGAGGUGGACGUGGACGUGGUCAUGGACGUGGACGUGGACGUGGACGUGGACGUGGACGUGGACGUGGACGUGGACAUGGACGUGGACGUGGACGUGGACGUGGACGUGGACAUGGACGUGGACGUGGACGUGGACGUGGACGUGGACGUGGACAUGGAGGUAGACGUGGACGUGGACGUGGACGUGGACAUAGUCGUGGACGUGGACGUGGACGUGGACGUGGACGUGGACAUGGACGUGGACGUGGACGUGGAGGUGGACGUGGACGUGGUCAUGGACGUGGACGUGGACGUGGACGUGGACGUGGACGUGGACGUGGACGUGGACAUGGACGUGGACGUGGACAUGGACGUGAACAUGGACAUGGUCGUGGACAUGGACAUGGUCGUGGACGUGGACGUAGACAUGGACAUGGUCGUGGACAUGGACAUGGACGUGGACAUGGACAUGGUCGUGGACAUGGACAUGGUCGUGGACGUGGACGUGGACAUGGACAUGGUCGUGGACAUGGACAUGGUCGUGGACAUGGACAUGGACGUGGACAUGGACGUGGACAUGGACAUGGUCGUGGACGUGGACGUGGACGUGGACAUGGACGUUGACGUGGACAUGGACGUGGUCAUGGACUUGGACGUGGACGUGGACAUAGACGUGGACGUGGACGUGGACAUAGAUGUGGACGUGGACAUAGAUGUGGUCGUGGUCGUGGACGUGGACGUGGACGUGGUCAUGGACGUGGAUAUGGACGUGGACGUGGAGGACGUGGACGUGGAGGACGUGGAGGACGUGGACGUGGAGGACGUGGACGUGGACGUGGAGGACGUGGACGUGGACGUGGACGUAGACGUGGUCGUGGUCGUGGACGUUGACGUGGACGUGGACGUCGACGUGGUCGUGGACGUGGAGGACUUGGACGUUGACAUGGACGUGGACGUGGACGUGGACGUGGACAUGGUCGUGGACGUGGACGUGGACGUGGACAUGGACGUGGAUGUGGACGUGGACGUGGAAGUGGACGUGGACGUGGACGUGGACAUGGAUGUGGACGUGGACGUGGACGUGGACGUCGAGGUGGAGCUUGCGUGGUCGAGGAGCGUGCCUGGUCCAUGA